AUGGACGCUUCAAACGCCCGAGAUAGCUCGGUGCAGCAAACAGAGUCAGAAACCCCUGCAUCCAAUGCUAUACUAGAAUCACUGGAGACCGAACUCGAAGCUGCUAGGGCUCAGCAACAAAUAAACGCCGGUGCUUUGAGCCUCAAUGUGGGGCGCGACGGAAAUGCUAUUCGAGGCAUUGUCUUCUCCUUGAUAGAGGAAUGGUGGGAGAAGCGUUCAACCACAAACCAGCCUCAACAGCCCUCCACAACCCAUGGAGUGGAGGUUGACGACCAUCUUCCACCACGAAACUCACCCAUAGCAGCGUCAAAUGGCCAGUCCUCAAACAAGAGACAUUGUCCAGACACUACCACUCAAGCGCGCAGCACUUCAUCGGCCCAGCUCCCUCCAGAUAAUCUGGUCAGCGACAUCCUCGAUGCUUACUUCUCUGUAGCUCAUCCAUUUAUUCCGAUAAUUCACGAAACGCUCUUUCGUUCUCGAUUACAAGACCCAACAGAGAGACCUAAACUCACAGUUGUACUCCAUGCCAUGAUGGUUUGUGCCCUGCGAUAUGUCGCAAAUGAGCGAUUGGCAGGAGAGUGGCUUGAAUUAUACCCGGAUGCUUUGCAAAGGUCUCGAGAGUUCGUAGUUCUAUCAGGGAUGGAUGGACUAUCUGUAGAGAACCUCCAAGCACUCAUCAUCGUUGCCUUUGUGCACAUCGGUGAUGGGAAUGCAAGCAAGGCCUGGCCUGUUGUUGGGACACUCACACGGGCAGUUGUGUAUCUGGGUCUUCACACCGAGCCGGAAGAGACUGACACGGGUGAAGCUGCCCUCAGACCACACUUCUGCCUGCCACCUGCUCAGGUGUGGACGGAAACAGAGGAAAGACGGCGGGUAUUUUGGAAUGUGUUUUUACUUGAUCGGUAUGCACACCUGUCACCUGUCUUCAAUCAGCAAUCAUGGGGUCUAACUAGUCUAAAGAUUUUGCUCGACGGUCACAGGAAAAGAUGGAAUACAAACUUAUCCAGCGAAGACGUUCAAGUGCGACUACCCAGCGAUGGACUGUACUGGGUCAAAGAGGAACCAGUGACCACUCCGUUCUUUCACAUUUGGGAGGCAUCUUUGGGAAAUAUAGGCAAAUCUGUGUCCUUCCUGCCCAGUCACUUUAUUUCUCUUGCAGAUAAAGAGAAGGAAACCACAGACACGGUGCCAACAUCCGAGCGUGCUUCUCCUAUUAGUCGAGCGCCGGAAAAUCGAUCAGUAGAUGUGUCGACUAUUGGAUCCUUUGCCUAUUGUGUGGAAGCCACUGAGUGUCUCAAUCGCGUCGUUAAAUUCUUCCUUCAACGAUCUGUCAAUUUUCAAAGCAGACAAGAAUUCAAUGCGUGGUUGACGCGCUUCAAGGAGCUAGAUCUCCAACUGAUUCACUGGAAAAUGUUUUUGCCUCGAAGGUGGAAGGACUCCAAUAUUUCCAGAGAGCCGGCAUUUGUUCACAUGGAUCCCAAUCUAACCCUUGCUCACAUCACUCAUAAUACAUCCAUGAUUCUACUGCAUCAAUGCAUCGCGUAUCCACGUGCCAACAUUCUCGAAAAACUGAAGCCUGCAAGUACUGCGAGUGCUGAAACCUGUCAACUUGCUGCCUCAGAGACCGCCAACACUGUCCAGAAAUACCUACAAUAUACACCAUUUGUGGGCUUGGUGAACUCGCAGUUCACGUUCUGCACAUAUAUAAGUGCCCGCGUUAUGAUGAUACACUCGCACAUCCAUCGCACUGAUCUUCCCGAUGCACAUCAUGUCCUUCUAUCCAGUCUUCAAGAAAUGUCUACCCGCUGGGUCUCAACGAACCCAAGUUUGAAGCUCAGCUCGGAAACGAGGAAUUUCGCCGAAGGUCUCUCUAUCCAACUUCAGACCCUACAGGGAAUGAUGGGUUCUACUUCUUUCAGUAUUACGGCCUCUGAUUAUAUCGAUGAGGUUAACUACGCACUGGGAGCCCAACCACCAACCGCCAGCCCGGCCGAUAGCCAAUGGAUCCGGGAACAUAGAGCACGACAGCGCCACAGUAUCAUACCGGUGGGCGCGAGGCAAUCUCGUUACACCGACAACAACCGACGGACUGGUUCCGAUCAUCAAAGUCCUUUCUCUCAUGCGUAA